GUAAAGGGCUUUAAUGCUGCAGGUUUUUUGUUUCCUGCUACCCCUGGAGAAGGAAUAAGGCUGGAGCUUGUGAAUGGUGCUGAGUUGAGCUUGGUACAUCUCCCUGGCCGCUUGCUCAACACAGAGGCAUCUCCAUAGCAUGGGGGAGGGAGAGGAGGGUGGGCGGCUGUAUACUGAAUCCUCACUCUCCAGCAGCUCUGAGCUGUCCAAAUCACAGAAAUAGACACAACGGGAGGGGGCAUGGAGACAGAUCCAUCAUUGUAUCAGCAUCCAGAGGACUACAAGAUGCAAAGAAAAUGAUCCUCAACAGGCCUCUUUGUGAAAGAAUUAAGCCCAUGGUUACAGCCAGCAUGUGAGGUCUAUUGUGGAUGCUGCUGAAUGUAAUACCUGCAUAAAUGGAUGUUGUUCACAUCAGACACCCACUCUUAGACUGCCCUGGAGCUGAUGAGAAGAUCUACUUAACACAGCUAUCAACUGCAGACUCUGCCACCCCAGGUAUAAUCAUAACCGGAGUAACCACAAGGCAACCUAAGGUGGCUGCCUAGAGCCCAGGUGUGAGACAGGGGCUCUGGCAUCAUGAUGAUACAUGGCCAAUCUUGGCCCCAUUCACCACCAAGAUCCUAACUGUGAGAGGGGGCCCCGAACUGGUAACCUUCCUAGGGCCCUAUGGUAGCUUAACCCUUCUCUGAUUUUCAUCGGGGGUUGAAGCCAACAUGCAGAGGUUGAGUGAGCGCAGGGCCACGACCAACCACAGUCACUAUGCAGACCAUGGACCUCACUCUAUGCCUGACACCAUUCUCAGGAUUUCCCUCAUCAUCUCCCUCCUCUGCCUCUCUCUUUUUGGGAACAUCAUGCUCCUGGUAGUUUUCCAUCGUAAACCCCAGUUGCUUCAGGUGGCCAACAGGUUUAUCUUCAACCUCCUGGUGGCUGAUCUUCUGCAGACUGUUCUGGUGAUGCCCUGCGUCAUUGUUACCUCUCUACCUGAUAUCUGGCCUUUAGAACAUGGUCUCUGUGGGGCAGUGGUGGUCCUGAUGCAUCUCUUUGCCUUUGCAGGAGUCAACACCAUCACCGUGGUUUCCGUUGACAAAUACUUGGCCAUCAUCCAUCCCUUGUCUUAUCCCACCAAGAUGACCCCAAAACGGGGUAGCCUGCUCAUCUCUUGCACUUGGCUCUUCAGUGUUCUUCAGAGCACCCCUCCAUUGUAUGGAUGGGGUAAAAUUGAAUUUGAUCUCCAUAACCACUACUGCAAAGUAUUGUGGGCUUCAAGUUACUCAUACACAGUACUCAGUGCAUUGUUUUCUUUUAUCCUACCAGUGAGCAUUAUGUUGGUGUGCUAUGGAAUGGUUUUCAGGGCAGCCAGGAGGCAAAAUGCAUUAGUGCACCCAGUCCAAGCAAAUGGAUGUGACAGGUCUGAUGGGACAAGAUCCACUGCACUAAGCACACUUGACAAAACACAUCAUCACCGACCUUUGUACCAUUGCAAAGCAGCCAAGGUUAUUUUUGCUAUUUUGUCAUCCUAUAUCAUAAGUAUGGGCCCUUACAGCGUUCUGAGUAUAGUCGCAUCCAGCGCCAAUUUAGUAAUUCCAAGAUGGCUGACAUCGCUUGUUCUGGUGCUCUUUUUCUUGCAAUGUUGUAUACAUCCUUACAUAUAUGGGUACAUGCACAAAAGCUUGAAAAAGGAAUUCAUCCUGCUCUUGCAUGGCUUCUUUUGUAAGCAGGUGCACCCCCAAAAUGCCACCGUAGACAGCUAUAUCAUCCUGACAGAUGGCAGAAUAUUUCAAUCUCAUUUCUCCACUGGGCCCACAGUAAAAUUCUUAGAAGAAGAGACCACAAUUUCUGUAAUCACUGGAAAAAGUAUGAACAAUCUUAAAAUAAAAGACAAUAAAAAGGAAAGUAGUUCAACCAAUAUAUCACCAGAAAAAGAGAGAAGUCCUCAAAAAAUGGAUCAUGAUAUACCGCAUCUCAUUAGCUGUUAA